UUUGCAAGGGAAAUGGGAUGUCUUAGAAAAGGAUAUCAAGUGGAAUAUCAUGAAUAUCAUGGCAAUACUGUGGGAACUUCAACGUAUGAUGGCGAGCAUUUAAUUACAAAAGAUGGAACAAAAUGCAAAUCGUUUAUUGAAUUCAUAAAAAAGACGGAUCCAAGUGUUGUAUCCUCGAAUCCAGAACACCAAGAGAAGCUGAAAUUUAAUGGUGUGGCAUAUAAGGAUUUUCGCGCUCGAGAUAACCAUGAUCUUACAAUUUCAACAUGUGCACAUGGCAUCCAACUUUCGUGUGAACCAAUUAACUUGAUUCAACUACUUGCCCUACAGCAGAGGAAGUAUAGUGUCUUGAGGACAAAAUCUUCAGGAUUUCAGGAAAUUUAUGACGAAUUUGAAGAAGUUGUUGAAGAAGAAUUCACGACUAUUUUACAGAGCCAUGGUAAGCUUCAAGCCCGAAAAUUACAGACGAAGGCGCUAGUCAUCUCUUCUGAAGAAUAUAUUGAACGUUCUAAAGGAGCCCAGUCAAUUGUUGCGAGUACUCCAAUAUUAAAUGCAGAUAACCAAAGGAAACGUCCAGCCGAAGAUGCCUUCCCUAUCAUCACUUCUCCCCCUAAUCUUCGAGAUCGUCAAUGUCCCCGCGCACAGAUUCUAGUUAAUAUUGAAGAUGACGAUUUUUUUGAUGAUUACAACGAAAGCGAGGAAGAGGAGGAGUCAACCGAAGUCAUCGAAAACGAGGAAGUACCGACUGAAGUCCAGAACCUCAUUGCAAAGAUGAGAGAAGAGAACUAUCGUCUUUUUGAUUAUCAGGUUGUAAAUCUCUCCGAAAAUGACCUUACCGAUCCAGUAAACAAAAUCUUCUCAAACGAUGAUAAGGAAAAAAUGAGAAAAAUUUGGAAAGAAAUGGAGCCAUCGGCCGAAGAGAAAGAGAAUACAAUGCGCCGAUCAAGAUGGAAAAAGAGUAUCAAGCCUUUAAUCGAAAAGUAUGCUCCGGCUAUGCCAUUUGAAGGCGAAUUUGCUCUUAAAAAACAUUAUGACAUGUUGUGGACGCAAGAUAUAUAUCGGAGAUUCAUAUUUUUGUUCGCCUCGUCUUUUAAUAUACUUCGCGAUGCGAAUACGCAAGAGAUAGCUUACAGAGACUCAUUCGUCAAUCCUUUAAUACCAAAGGUAUUCGAUGAUAUACUUGAUAAGAUUAGGUUCCAAGUUGGAGAGAUUGAAAGUUCCUUGCGUAAGAAACACAGGAAUGAGACAAAUGGACGAAAGCCUCGUGUUAAUCUUGGAUCAAAACAUGACGGUAUCUUAAAAAUUUACAUGAACGCUACUGAAAUGGAAAUUGGAUUCCUUGAAGUGGUAGGAAAUGCAGUGAAUGUUGAUGUUACUGGAUAUUACGGAGACAUGGAAAGAUUAUUCAAGGCGAUGCAGAUUUCUAUCUAUUAUCAACGUCAACACCACCUAAAACGUAAUGCAACAGAGAACCAGCUCUCAUGUCUUCAGAGUUUCGGUGUACUUGUCUACCAGCGUGAGACGACAAUCUACACAAUGCACCGUGCUAAAGGAGGAUUACACAUUGUUGAUAUUAUUACGAAUUUUACGAUCCCGGAUAGCAAGGACCAAGCGUAUGUGAUUAGCGAAAUAAUAGAGAAAGUGUAUUUUUUCAAGAGCCGAGUAAUGGAUUAUUACUCAAAGUUGCAAGAUAUAUCGCCAAAAGUACAGGAAUAUUCUCACAUUAAUGAAAAUCUACUAGAAGCGUCACCAUCCAAAAGAAAAUCAGCAAGACG